AUGGAUUCCAACACUAUCAAAAUCAUGAACCAAGAUUUUGUCCGUCUUGAUCGUUUUGAUGGCCCAAAUUUCACAAGAUGGAGGGAAAAAUUGAAGUUUAUGUUGACUGCUUUGAAAAUUUUUUAUGUGCUUGAUUCAAGUCUUGCUCCAAUUCCUCCACCAAAGGAUGAUGAUUUUGAAGAACUCAAAUCACAAAGAAAAAAGCGAGAGGAAGAUGAAUUCAUGUGUAGGGGUCACAUUCUCAACACACUUUCAGAUCGUCUUUAUGAUCUCUACACUAUUGAACCUUCGGCCAAGAAAAUCUGGAAUGCUUUGGAAUUCAAAUACAAAGCCGAGGAGGAAGGUCCCAAAAAGUUUCUUGUUUCUAAGUAUUUUGAGUUCAAGUUUAAGGAUGAUAUGCCUAUUUUGGCACAAGUACAUGAACUGCAGGUUAUAGUAAAUCAGUUGAGGGUGGCGGGAAUUGAACUUCCUGCAUCUUUUCAAGUUGGAGCAAUUAUAACAAAAUUGCCAACAUCUUGGAAAGGAUAUAGGAAGAAAAUUCUCCAUGAUUCUAAAGACUUUUCUUUGGAAGAAAUUUAA